AAUCUGAAAGCAUCAUGUAUAUGGACAGUGUCUACAGUGACGUUGAGGAACCAUUUUAUAAAGAGAACAGCUUUAACUUGCUCGAUCUGAGAGCAAACAAAGCAGAGGAGAUUGCAGUUUCUUCAAAAGAAAUUCAGAAAUCUGGGGAGAUUCCCGAGAUGUCCGAUAGCCUUCAAAAGGAAGUCAAAAUGGAGGGCGUGGAGAGUCCAGGGCUUUUCUCAACUUGGUCUCCUGCAGACAUUUCCUGGAGCGGUGGAGCAUCACGGGAGAGCUUCAGGACCUCCGACACAGAGCAAAGCUUCAAAAACUUACAACCUCUAGAAGACAGCAUGGCUUUAAAUGAAGUCCUAUGGAAAUUAAAAUGUACUAACAAAGAGCAGCAAACUCGAAUCAAAGACCUACAGUGUAGUAACAUGUAUUUAGAGAAGAAGGUUAAAGAACUACAGGCAAAGAUUACCAAACAGCAAGGGUUCGUCAACAUUAUAAAUAAGCUAAAGGAGAAAUUCAAAGAAUUAAUCGAAGACAAAUACGAAGUAAUCCUAGAGAAGAGAGGUACUGACAUGACACUGAAAAAUUUGCAAGAGACUUUAUCUAAUACCCAACAACAUCUUCAAGACUCUAGGAAAGAAAAGGAAGCCUUGCAGCUAGAGCUUAAGAAUGUCAAGGUGAAUUACAUUCGCCUACAGGAAAGAUACGUGACUGAAAUACAGCAAAAAAAUCAAUCUGCAAAUCAGUGCAUAGAGAUGGAAAAAACCUUAAGCAAGAAAGAAGCAGAGGUAGAGAAGCUGCAGCAACACAAAGGAGAACUGGAAAAGGCUACCGCCUCUGCUUUGGACUUGUUGAAAAGGGAAAAAGAGAUGCAAGGACAAGAGCUACUGUCUUUACGGGAGGAAUUCCGGAAACGUGAAAAGGAAAACCUGGAAGAAAGACAGAAACUGAAAUCUAGUCUUGGGAAAUUGGUCAUGCAAGUUAAAAAUUUGCAAGUCAUAUCUGAAAAUGAAAGGGCUAAGAAUACAAAACCUCAGCAGCAGAUCAACGAAGUGAAAAAUGAACAUGCCAAAUUUCAGCAGCAGGAUGCAAGGAUUGAAGAGCAAAAGUAUGUCCCUAAAUUUGAGAUAGCUCAGUCAAAGGAGCAACUAGAAGAAGAAAUUGAGCCAGAUAUUACAAAGGAUCCCAAGGUGCUAAAUUCUCAUUUGUUCCUGAAUUGCCCACCUUGUGAAGAAGAGAGCCAGAAUCCCCCAGAUGCACAAAAAUCUUCUCAGCUGGCCUCCAAAAUUCACAAUCUGCUGGUUCUGAUGGUGGGACUUCUCACAUGCCAGGACAGUGACAAUCUCGAUGCUGAACAUUUCAAAAUGAGUGAGAAAGUUACUGAUAUAAUGCUGAAGAGUUUCCAUCUUAGAAAGAAAAUUUUAGAUAAAGAGCUGUUGAAACAUAAAGCCAGAAUCACAACUUUUAGAGAGCUAAUUGCUAAUGAAAAAGCUUUCCAAGAUCAGGUUGUUGAGAUUGGAAAAUUGGGGAACCUUCUAGAGUCAAAAGAAGAGCACUGCAUCAAACUUAUUGAAGAAAAUGACAAGUGUAAAAGACAUUUAGGCAACUUAAUAAAUAAGGUUACAUCAUAUGAAGAAAUUAUCGAGUGUGCUGACCAAAGGCUUGAGAUAUCCCACUCUCACAUUGCAUAUUUGGAGGAGAGAAAUAAACAUUUGGAAGACUUAGUUAGGAGGCCCAGAGAGAGAACUAGAAGACAGAGACCAAGAAGAUUAGAAAAUCAUCCAAAGUCCCUGACUGUGGGCGCCUUCCCCUCCGAGCCGCCGAGCCACGUUGGCGGCGUUCCUCGGUCAGAUCAGGGGGCGUGGCGGAAGCCCGUGCGUGGUGCGUGCCCCGCCCCUCCCGUCCGGGGCCCGGAUGAACAGUAA